CGUUCAUAGUUGAAAAUUUACACUUGUGGACUGCUACUACUAUACCGCCCAUUGUCAAUUGCUUGCUCUCAACGAUGCCACUCUCCACACCUGUCGGUUAUAAAAUGGCCCGUUAACGAAGGCAUGAUACCUCACACCCAAUGAUGCAAUCUUCACUCUCCCAAAAUAACGCUGGUGGCAGUGUUGAAGCUUCUCCACCAAUUUUCAAAACCCUGCGACUUCUCUCCGGUCGUUAUCUCCACAUGUUUUGGUCAGGCUCUGUUGCCACGCAUGAGGACGAAAUGGAUGACGAUAUUACUGCUGCAGGUGACGAAAGAAAAUACAACGACAAUUGCUCCGUCGGAGGCGAAACACUGGAAAUUAUUUCAGUCCCUCAAGGUUCAGGAGAAACUCCGUCUGACAUCCGCUCCAAGCAGGAUUCUGCUUCUGAAGGAGAAACUCCGUCCGGCAUCCGCUCCCGACAGGAUUCUGAUAUUGAUGCCUCCGAAGGAGAAGCAGCGUUCCAGCGCUCGCAGUCCCCUGUGACUGCGGCACUCGCAGCAUUGGCCAGACACUGUCCACCACAACUUGGACGGAAAACAAAGACAACACGAUUCUAUAGCUCCCUGGAACAGGAAGAUUCUCCAAAGAUAGCCAGGAAACGGCGUCAGCUUACAGGUCUGGGACGUCCGCGACAAGACGAUGUAUUGCUCGCGUGGCUCACGCAUGCUUUGGCACCUUCCGAUGUGCGUUCUGAUGGACAUGCCCAGGACCAAAAAAACGAUGAAGAUCCGUGCAACUCCAAAGUAGGAAACACCUCCCCGAAGUCUGUCUCUCAUGCAUCUGUCAAACGACGAGGAACUGCACACAAGAUCUCUCUCACGUCCAUACAAGAGGGACGACGGUCUUACUGGCUUACUCGCCCUUUGCGUACGACUCGGACAUUUGACACCUCGGCUCAGGGGGAUCUGCAACCUCCAACUUCCCCACCCGAUAACAGCCAAACACCCCCGAUCCCUGCAGUACAAUUCCCCAGUGCGUACCCAUCGUGCUUUGCGAAUCCCCAACGUCAACCUAGCGUUAUCCGUUGGAAGCUGCCUUGAUUGUCUACCGCCCAGCAUUGGCGACGUAAAAAAUUGUAGAUAUCUUCAUGACAAGUCAUCGAUGACAUGCGCCA